AUGAACAGGGUUGAAUGGUAUUCCGAGAACCGGUUGGGAGAAGGUCCCAAAAAGGCUGAUCUAUCCGUCUAUGAUGAUGUAGUCAUUAAAGUCGAAAAAUUGUGCACUCAGUCCGAGAUGUCUCAAACAAUGGUAGGAUAUAAAGUCGGCCAACAACGCCAAAGAAUGGAUCGGCCUCAGAAUUGUCAACGCACACAUAAAUUGGAACAAACUUGUGCUGAAAACUUUGUCUGUUUGUUGAUACGACGGCACAUUGUGUCUAGUGUUUGCUUUAUGCUCAGUUGGAGUAUAGAAGUAAGCAAAGAACAACACCAGCAUCCAAAGCCAGCUUUGUAG